AUGGCGGAAGGGCUUGAAAAGGAGCGAUUGCUGUCACGAAGGAGGACUCUUCUCACGACACUGGGUCGGGCAGAGGCAUUUGUGGAAAAUUAUGAUGCGGAACGGGAUCAAGCACAGGUGCAAAUGCGAAUAACACAUCUGGACAACAUGUAUUCGAAUUUGGAAAGCAUACAACAGGAUUUGGAAGACCUAGAGGAUGAGGGUGAAGGUGAGCCAACGGAUCAAUGGAGCAGCAUCCUCGAACAUCUUAUGUGUACACGUUUAAAUAAUGACACUCUGAAAGCGUGGGAGGACCAUGCAUCAACGGUGGAAGAUCCGAACUAUUUCUGUUUAAUUGAGUUUCUCAAUCGGCGAACACGGGUCUUAGAGUCGAUAUCUGUAAAUCAUCAUAAUGAUCAAGCAGGCUCCGGCAGUUCCAUCAAUCAUUCGAAGAAACCAUAUCGCCUCCAGCUUUCAUGUUCGACGACAUCAGGCUCUAACGACAAAUGUCCCGCGUGUAAUCAACAACAUCUUUUAAUGAAAUGCUUAAAAUUCAAUCGCUUUUCGCUUGUCGGACGUCAGCAAUUGGUCAAUUCCAAACGCUUGUGCAGCAAUUGUUUGAAGAGAGACCACUUUGUGCGCGAAUGUCCAUCCACAUUCAAUUGCAAAUUCUGUAACCGCCGUCAUCAUACGCUUCUUCACCAGGCCAAUGCUGAUGGAGUUCGGACAACAGCAAACGCCAGUCGAAUUCCUGGGCCCACUGCUACACCAUCAACGGUUCGUCGAUUCGAUAAUUCGAAUGAAUAUUCACAGCAAGCACUAGUUACCGCGACGGAGAUUGCCCCUCUAGUUGAAGUCAGUACACCACUCCAUCAACCUACCGAAAACGUUUUCUUGUUGACUGCUGUAGUACAGAUCGUCGAUGCAUAUGGUCAGACCCAUCUUGCACGGGCCCUUCUAGAUAGUGCCUCGCAGCCGAAUUUAAUCACCGUGCGCAUGGCACAUAUGCUGAGAUUGAAGAGAAACAACGUAAAUGUUACCAUCCAGGGGGCAGGUCAAAUGUCUAAACUUGUCCGUGAAUCGGUUUUCACACAAAUAAAGUCAAGGAAAGAAAACUUAUGCUGUGGAGUAAACUUCUUAGUUAUGGAUAAGGUCACUGCGAACCUCCCAUCACAAUAUAUAUUUACUACAGGAUGGAAAAUUCCCAGCGAGCUAUUUUUAGCUGACCCCUCGUUCAAUGAAUCUCAACCCAUCGACAUGGUGUUAGGUGCAAAACACUUCCACACAUUUUUCCCUAACGCAACCCGCGUUCAGUUGGGAGGUCAACUUCCAAUGCUAAUAGAUAGCGUAUUCGGAUGGAUUGUUGCCGGUUCCGCCAGCUCAACUAUGUGUACAGAUUCAACCCCACAUUCCUAUAGGGUUGUUGCUGUAUCUAUGUUAUCAUUAGAAGAGAGCCUAGAACGUUUUUGGAAAACGGAAGAACUGGCUGUUAGAGACAAAUAUUCAGUCCAAGAACGACAAUGUGAGUCGUUUUACAAAUUGACCACCACGAGAAACAAUGAAGGGAGAUACAUCGUUCGUUUGCCACGUGUACCAGACUUCGAAGUUAUGCUGGGGGAAUCCAAUUCUUCCGCUUUAAGGAGAUUCGAGCAGCUAGAAAGGAAGCUUGAGCGAGAACCAAAAUUGAAAGAGGGCUACCAUGAGUUCAUGCGAGAAUAUAUCGACCUUGGUCACAUGCGACAAAUUGAGAAUUCCAAAAACGAUGAUUUUCCGGUGUACUAUCUCCCCCAUCACCCCGUUAUUAAAGAUUCGAGUAGUACAACCAAGCUUCGGGUUGUGUUUGAUGCAUCGGCAAAGACGUCAACUGGGUUUUCCCUAAACGAUGCCCUCCGCGUGGGUCCUGUUGUACAGGACGAAUUGCUCACACUCAUCCUUCGCUUUCGCACAUAUCAAGUCGCUUUGGUUAGCGAUAUUGCGAAGAUGUAUCGCCAAAUACUAGUUCAUCGAGACGAUAUAUCAUUGCAACGCAUUUUAUGGCGAUUUUCACCUCAUUCUCCGAUACAGAUUUUCGAGCUUUUAACCGUCACUUAUGGUCUCGCACCGUCAUCAUUCCUGGCAACGCGAACACUUCAGCAGCUAGCAUUGGAUAGCGUGAAUCAUUUUCCUAUCGCCGCUACUGCUUUGCAGAACAAUUUUUAUAUGGACGACUUCAUAGGAGGAACUCAGUCCAUCGAAGACGCAAUCCAUUUACGAAAACAACUAACCAAAUUACUCGCUAAGGGGGGUUUCGAGCUACGAAAGUGGACCUCCAACAAACUAGCCGUUCUAUCCGGUUUAAGAGGUGACCAAAUUGGCACACAAUCUGUUCUCACAUUUAGUCCCAACGAAACUAUAAAAACUCUCGGUGUCUGUUGGGAACCAGAACCAGAUUCUCUACGUUUCGAUUCGGAAAUAAUUAGCAACGAUGAACAGGCAACGAAACGUACGAUUUUGUCAACCAUUGCGAAACUUUUUGAUCCCUUGGGAUGGAUCGCCCCGGUCGUAAUAAAAGCGAAAAUUAUUAUGCAAGAAUUAUGGUUGCUGUCUUGCGAUUGGGAUGAUCCAGUGCCUGAAACUUUAGAUCGCAAAUGGAAAACGUAUUGUAGAGAGUUACCGAACAUUUCUGCAUACCGUGUGGAUCGCUAUGCAUUUUUGCCCAACGCCACUGUGAUGUUGCAUACAUUUGCUGACGCCUCAGAAGCCGCCUACGGAGCGUGCACAUAUGCCCGAAGUGAAGACUCUGAAGGAAAUAUAAAGGUACAAUUGCUUGCCUCAAAAUCCAGAGUUGCACCGCUGAAACGAUUGUCAGUAGCCCGUCUGGAAUUAUGUGCUGCUGUAUUAGCUGCUCAUCUACAUGUCCGUAUAAAAGAAGCCAUUAAUGUGAAUAUUGGUGCCUCUUUCUUCUGGUCGGAUUCGGCUGUCACUCUUCAAUGGCUGCGGUCGUCGCCGAACACAUGGAAGACUUUUGUGGCGAACAGAGUAUCCGAGAUACAGUACCACACACACGGCUGCCGCUGGAACCAUAUUUCGGGUCGAGAAAAUCCAGCUGACCUAGUAUCUCGUGGUAUGUCAGUGACAGAAUUCCUUCACAGCGAGCUUUCGAAACAUGGUCCUCCCUGGCUAAUACGCCCUGAAACAGACUGGCCCAUCUCUACUCCAUCAGGUGUCUCAGAGGAAAAUUUGGAGUUAAAAGUCAUCGUAGCAUCAGUUCAAACGACUUCCACCAUCCACCCUUGGUUUCUUCGUUGGUCUUCCUAUACAAGAUUGGUCCAUGUCGUCGGAUACUGUAUGCGCUUCAUUGCUAACGUGCGCAUGAAAAUUAGAACAGAGCCUCAGCCAGCUGAAACUCCCCCUUGUAGAAGUCUGUCUAUCGAGCAAUUGAACAAAGCCAAAUUAUUUCUGAUACGCUUGGUACAGAAGGAAGUGUUUAACAAUGAAAUCAACGAAUUAGAAAAGGGAAAGAUAUUGUCCAGAAAAUCACCAAUUCGUCAAAUGAGCCCAUUCCUAGAUACAGAGAGAGUCUUGAGAGUAGGCGGUCGUCUAAAUCUGUCACAGUUGCCCUAUCAAUCUAAACACCCCGCUUUACUACCUGGAUUCCAUCCUUUCACCCGACUUCUAAUCGAAUACUACCAUAGAAAACACCUUCAUGGCGGCGGGCGUCUCCUGCUGACCGCAAUUCGCGAGGAAUUUUGGCCACUGAAUGGCCGUAGAAUGGUACGAAGCGUGGUGCGCAGUUGUUUCAGGUGCGCACGAUACAUUCCAGUCCCUACACAACAACAAAUUGGUCAGUUGCCAGCCCACCGAAUUAUUUCAAAUCGCCCGUUUAAUGUCACAGGGAUCGAUUAUGCUGGCCCAAUCUAUCUCAAACCGAUACAUAAACGUGCCGCUCCCACAAAAGCUUAUUUCAGCGUAUUUGUGUGCUUUACGACGAAAGCUGUACACCCAGAGCUGGUUAGUGACCUGUCCACCCCCGCUUUCCUUAAUGCACUUCGUCGCUUUAUUGCUCGGAGAGGCCGGCCCUCUCACAUUUAUUCCGAUAAUGGAAAAAACUUCGUGGGUGCUAGGAAUGAAAUAAAAGAACUUUUCCACAUCCUACAAGAUCAGAUCAAGCAACAACAAAUCUAUUCUUGGAGCACUGAGGAAGGCAAAUCAUGGCACUUUUCACCACCAAUGGCCCCUCACUUCGGUGGCUUGUGGGAGGCAGCGGUAAAAGUGGCCAAGAAGCAUUUGUUCCGUCAGCUAGGCGCAUCUCGUCUUUCCUUCGAGGAUAUGAGCACGAUAUUGACGCAGAUCGAGUCCCAAAUGAACUCGCGACCAUUAGUGCCACUUUCAGAAGACCCCAACGAUCUGUCCGCACUAACUACCGCCCAUUUCCUCAUCGGUACUACGAUGAAUGCUCUGCCCGACCCAGAUCUACAUCACAUUCCUACCAAUCGUCUUGACCACUAUCAACAGCUUCAAAUGUACACACAAAAAUUCUGGGAUCAUUGGAAACGCGAGUAUAUUCAGGAGCUCCAGAAAGAUACGAAGCGGUGUAACCUGAAUAACGAGAUCCAGCCAGGUCGGAUGGUCGUAAUCGUCGACGAGUUCCAAGCACCGAUUCCCGGAAAAGACAACAUAACUCGGGUUGUCUCUCUACGCACAUCGAAAGGUAUCAUAACUCGUCCCAUCACAAAAAUAGCUCUCUUGCCGUUGAUUGACGCUACAAAUUCGAAUGAGGACUCAUCCAUGGUGAACAAUCAGCAAACUGUCCAACCUCCAGCGCACGAUCAUCAUAGGGAAUGA